AUGCUUUGUUUGAGACGUGUCCACCUGAUUAGACUAAAGGAAGAUUCCAAGUGUCUUUGGUAUGGACCAAUCGGAUGUCCUCUCGCAAACGUGGUGACCUGGAUGACCUGGUGUGGCAUCAUGAAUGGCUGUGUGAAGGAGUAUGCCAUGGUGGUGGUGGUGACAAUUGUGGUUCUGCAGUUGGUUGGUGGCUCUGUCGUAGUGGAGCCAAUGGUUGAGAGUUGA